AUGCUCAGUUCUGCCACUAAAUCCUACUCCCUUUUGAUCCUGGGUCUCCUCUCGAUUGCGUUGGCGAUCGCUGCACCUCUUGGACCGUUUGCCGUCGACUCCAGUGACACCGGCGUUACAAACUUGCAAUCUCUACGUCCCCGGGCUUCCCCUGCUUUCAGAGCUAAGGUUAAAUUCGAUAGUCCAUACCCUAUCAUCGGAGCAAAUAAUGAAGACGAGACUCAGAAAGUGAAAAUCGAAAACGCGGUGAAAUUAUUAAUCAAAGCUGCCUUGGACCCGUCAGGCCGCAUGCGUCUCACUGUCUCUGAAUGGGGUCAGAUUGCUCCGACUGCAAUAGGAAACGAACAGAAAUUCACUGUCGAGGUCAAUUUCACCCCGGAGCUGCCUCCAACUACCUCAGGGUUGAGAAUAAAGUCACAGACGGCGACCAAGCAUUACACUGGGUGGGUCUCUUGGGAGAAAGCCCCUAAGGUAUCUGGAGAACUGCGCGAUGAUCACACCACGCUCAAAGUGGAAAACAGUAAACUGAAAGAUGACUGA